GCUCCACAAUGCUCUAGCAAGCAACGCAUGCUCGCGUUCUCUCAUGGCGCUAAGAUGGCAGACACUGGAACCGGCGGCUCUACUAGCUCAGGCACGCGGUCAGGUAGCAAACACUCGACAACACCCGCAGAUAAUUACUAUCUGGCUCGAAGAAGGACACUCCAGGUGGUGGUCAGUUCACUGCUGACAGAGGCUGGGUUUGAGAGUGCUGAGAAGGCUGCUGUGGAAACCAUGACGGAGAUGAUCCAGAGUUAUAUUUCAGAAAUUGGGAGGAGUGCCAAAUCUUUCUGUGAACAUACAGCAAGGACUCAGCCAACCCUUUCAGAUAUUGUUGUCACCUUGGUUGAAAUGGGAUUUAAUGUGGAAACUCUCCCUGCUUAUGCCAAACGGUCCCAACGGAUGGUGAUCACUGCACCACCUGUAACUAAUCAGCCUGUGACCCCCAAAGCCCUGACAGCUGGACAAAACAAGCCUCACCCAUCCCAUAUACCAGGCCAUUUCCCAGAAUUUCCAGAUCCUCACACUUACAUCAAGACACCGACCUACCGGGAGCCUGUCCUGGAUUAUCAGAUCCUACGAGAAAAGGCUGCCUCCCAGAGACGGGAUGUUGAAAGAGCUUUGACCCGCUUCAUGGCAAAGACAGGAGAGACACAGAGUCUUUUCAAGGAUGAUGUCAGCACCUUCCCUUUGAUAGCUGCCAGGCCUUUUGCAAUACCGUACUUGACAGCUCUGCUUCCCUCUGAAUUGGAAAUGCAGCAGAUGGAGGAGACGGAUUCAUCUGAACAAGAUGAUCAGACGGACACAGAGAAUCUCCCCAUUCACGAUGACUCAGGAGCUGAGAAGGAGAAUGCAUCAGUACUACAGCACAACACAUCUAUGACAGGCAGCCGAAAUGGAGAGGAGAACAUGAUAGACAAUCCCUACCUCCGUCCUGUGAAGAAACCCAAAAUCCGCAGGAAGAAGUGAACUGGGGCAAAUGGAUGAGGUGGACUAAUUGAGAGACUGCCAUGGGCCCUUCGUGGUCCCUGUGCUGUUGAGAUAUGGCACAGGAAAGGCAGAAAAGUAUUGCUGGUUGAGAGACAGACAACAAGGUGGUCUCUUCUGUAGGAACUUUCCUUGGUAAUUUGUUAUAACUUCAUCUGAAGACUAAACCCCUGACCUAAAAGCACUGAAGGCCACGUACAUUGAAAUCCUGGCAUGUAGUCAACACAGCAUGCUGCAGCGUGUGGAAAGUGUAGCAUCUCUUCAUCCUUCAGAUGAACCUUCUUGUUGAGGAUUGCAGGAAGAUCUGCAGAAUGCUUCCUCCAUUUCACCAGGCCUUGAGCAACCAUAGGAGACUCAUCCUUCUUUUCAAGCUGUCUGUCUUUUGUUUCUGUUGCUUUCGCUGGGGUUCAGGCGGUGCCGCUGUGCUAAAGAUGAUGGGUUUGGGUGAGAGAUGGCCUAGUGAGCUGGCUAAAGGCUGUAUCAUUCUGAUCUUUCUCAAGGACUGGAUAUGGUUAGAGCUGCGGCGAUGGUCUCUUCCUUUCUCUAAUCUGAGCUUCUGGGUGAGCUGAAAGGGGAAACGUAGCAAUAGUUUGAUUAAAAGGAAGUCUUUCCACCAGAUCUGCCAACUACUGUACUUGAGAUCAAAUUCUUCAAGAUAUCCAUUUCUUAAAAUGCAGUUAUUUCCAUAGAUUGAUUGUGGCUGAGAAUUCCUUGUGAAUUUUUGAAUCUGGUGUCUGCACUUUAUGGCUCAGAGAUUUCAACUCUAUUUAGCUCUACAGCAUGUUAUUUUGCAGUAUUUAUACUUGCCUCUUGCAAAGGUUCAGUUCUUGUUUGUAAUAUGAAGGAAGGAAAGAAAAAACCCAACUAGGUGAAUUUUCAAGCCUCUCUGUUACUUGUUUUGUCGUCUUUUAAAGAGAGAGAUUUUUCUGGUAGGCAGGAGGGGUGUAGUGGCAUCAACAGUAGAAAGAAGCGCAGAGCGGCAGGAGGCAUUUCCUUCCUGUGUCCUAAUGGCUGUGGCUGCGCCUUAACUGGAAAGGGUUUUUAAAAAAAAUUCCGCUAGUCCAGCAGUCUGAAGAGUAACCCUGCAGCAACUGUUUCCUAACGUUUCUGAAUUCUGUGGAUCUGGCAUCAGCACAGCACAGAAACUGUAGAUGAAAACAAGUCUGAGCUCUACUAUGAGAUUUUGAGCUAUAAAAGAUGUCCUUAUGGCCCACCAGUAUUUUUGCUUAUUCCCCAGGACAUACAUUUGACUAAUAUUCACAGUUGUGGGAAAAGACCUUGAUUUCUAACAUGACCUUGCGGUUUCCUGUUAGAAACUGAGAUCUGUCCCUUGUACUUCUUUCUCCCAGGCAGUUCUGUGGCUUCUGAGGUAGGAUUUUUUGAUGCUAAGCACUGAUGGGAUCACUUUGAACAAGGUUGUUUCUGUACUUGCAGUCAAAAUUGCAUUCCCUAGAACAUUUUUUAGCUGUAAACUGUUAGUCUGGAAAUGUUUCGUAAGGAGGAGUGGGGUGCUUUUGUAGAAAGUUAACGCUCCUGGUCAACAGAGGCUGCUGGGCCCAGCUUCCUCCUGUAAAAGGCUUUUUUCUUUCUCAGAAAAUCGUCAGUCUUAAGACUCAUUGCACUGCCAUGUUCAUGACCUACAGAUUACUAUACCCUCAGAAGUAGUUUAUGCGAAGAAAGGGACAAUAUUUUGCAUUUUUUCCUCCCAAAAUUUCUGGUUGCCUUGUAGAUUGGUGAUCUGCUGUAGAUCUACUGAAAGUGGAAGGAACUGAGCAGAGGUGUUGCCUUAAAUAGCACAGUAUCCUGCUUCAGAUUUUGUGCUCUAAUCCUCCAAGCCAAAUUUAGGGACUUAAGAACAAAUUGUAGGGCUUAUGCAUUGGUUUUUCUCCCAAAACCAAUAUUUGAAACCAUGGUUUAGAGGUAGUCCUGCUUGGGGGCAGUUUGAAGUAUUGUCUGUACUGAAUGAAGAUGGUAUGGAAAGCUUUUGAUUUGUGCUAGCAGAUCUGCUGUGAAACUGCUGUUCUUUAUAGUGGGUUCAGGUUUUCCUAUUGCUAUAUGUUACAAAUCCUAACCCUUUCUUUCCCUUCCUCCCUUCCCCCAGACCAUCAACCUCUAGGAGUAACUGCAGUGUACUGUAGUUAUAAACAAGGGUGGUUCCCCCCUUAAAGCUUACAUUUUUACUAAAUGUAGCCAUAAAAGCUUCAGCUUGAAGCAGAAGAACAAUGUGGGAAGGCAAGCCUCAUUCUGUUCAGUGUUUUUUCUGCUGAAAAUACCCCUCCUAUGGUGCUAAUUACUAUUUCCCCGGUAGAAGGAAAGGAGAAGAGCCAUUUAGAAGCAAGUUUUAGGAGAAAAAAUGGUAAAGCCUCCCCCUCCCUGGCAGCUCUUCUUUUGUUUUCAGCCUACAUAUCUGAAACUUAUCAAAAAUCCAAAAUACCCUUGGCUGAGUUGUGUGGACUUCACAGUUACAUUUAAAGUAGAAUUUGACUUGAAGUUAGAAUUUCAGCAUCUAGCUUCUCUCACCUCACGUUUUUAAAAAAAUAUUCCUUCUGAUCAACAGACUGAUUGACCUAGCAUCAAAUUACAGACUUAGGAUCCUUUGACCCUUUCAGCUGGCAGUGCAUUGAUUCUUUCCCCCCUCUAGUACCAGGCACAGCUCAGUGGUAGCCAUUGCACUGGAGCAUUGCCAAGAAACUGCUAUGCAAGAGCACUCCAGUGGGUUUAAGGCAGUGGCUCUUGUAUAGGAGAGAUCCAAAGUGUAUUUAGAUCUUAGUGAGUGAAAGGAGCUGUCAUAACAUUGCUCUGUCCUUGCAUCAUAGGAAAGACCUGCCUGGGGAGAUUGUUUGGCUUUGUUGUUUGCUAAGUGUUAGUUCCUGUUCAGUAUUAAUCCAGUUUAGCCACAGCAGUACUAAGAGGAAGGGAUUAGUCUUUGCAGGUAGGGCCAUGAAAACAGGAUGGUUCUGUGGCUUUACUAUCAUUGCAGUGAAUCCUUUGCAAUCCAUUCACCUGCUUGUUCAAUCAAAGCAUGCUGUUCUCUUUGUGUCCUCUUGUGGUUUGACUGUUGAGCCUUCAUGAUGCAAGUACUGAUUUCAGCAGAUGCUCUGCAUAGCUCUACAUCUAUCUCUUGCUCACAACUUCUGAAAAAUGCCUUUCUUGAAAACACAGUCCUGUAGACUGUUGUUCUGUGGAUCCCCUAGGUAGUUUUCUGCUCCUCUAGUUCAUCGUACUGCAUCACAAGACACAUUAGAACAUCUUGGAUGUGCAGAGUUGCUCCAGCUGAGGCUGCUCAUUGGCUUUUACUUAGAUACUGACUUCUUUCCUGUUAGCAGCGUCUCUUCUCAAGCUUCUCAUGACUUUAAGCGAGUUUUGGUUUUUUGCUACAAUCCUAGUCCAUAAUAUUCUUCUUGUGAAAGAAGCAGGAUGAUUGGAUUGAUGUCUCAGUUUCGUUCCACUUGUGCCUAGUUUGAGAGGGCUCAGUGGGAUUCAGACAACCCGGUGAGCCAGCCUUUGUUCACAUUAUUCUUGAAACUGCUAAUAUUAGUCCUUCUUGUGGAUCAUCUGCAGCUGGAAUGCUUUUCAUUACCAUAAAAAUCUUCUCAUAGAUAGAAUUUUUCUAUUCAGGGAAAACUUGAAAGACCAACUGUAAACCAUUUUCUUUGGCCAAAAGAGUCUAAACAUGCCAUUGUUAAUCAUGCAAAUGUACUUGUAUAGAAAAAUGUGAAUACAGACAAUUAUGUGUGUAUACACACACACACACACACACACACACACACACAUUUUUGCUCAUUGGUUAGCCUAAUAAAACAUUUUUAAAAAGGAUAGCUCGGUACAACAAAAUAGAGUGAAAAUAGUUUAUUUUUUCAAUUCCUAAUAAAAUUGUG